UUACUGGAGUAAACUUUCGCGCAUACAAAUGUGGCGUCAGCAGUGCGAGUAGGUGGUUGGUUGUGUCCUGAAGUGUGAUGCUUUUUUUUCUCUCCUGCAGUUACACCAAACUGGGGUAUGCAGGGAACACAGAGCCGCAGUUCAUCGUUCCUUCAUGUAUUGCCAUCAAAGAGUCAGCCAAGGUGGGAGACCAGGCCCAGCGGAGGAUGAUGAAGGGGGUGGAUGACUUGGAUUUCUACAUCGGAGAUGAAGCAGUAGACAAGCCCUCAUAUUCAACUAAGUGGCCGAUCCGUCACGGGAUUGUGGAGGACUGGGACCUAAUGGAGCGCUUCAUGGAGCAGAUCAUCUUCAAGUACCUGAGGGCUGAGCCUGAGGACCACUACUUCCUCCUGACAGAGCCUCCUCUGAACACACCAGAAAACCGAGAGUACACAGCCGAGAUCAUGUUCGAGUCCUUCAAUGUACCGGGCCUGUACAUUGCUGUGCAGGCGGUGCUCGCUCUAGCCGCCUCCUGGACGUCCAGACAGGUGGGAGAGCGGACGCUGACAGGCACCGUCAUCGACAGCGGAGAUGGUGUCACCCACGUCAUCCCUGUGGCUGAAGGUUAUGUAAUUGGCAGCUGUAUAAAGCACAUUCCCAUCGCAGGACGAGACAUCACCUACUUCACCCAGCAGCUCCUGAGGGAGAGGGAGGUGGGCAUCCCACCGGAGCAGUCGCUGGAGACGGCCAAGGCAGUCAAGGAGCGGUUCAGCUACGUGUGCCCAGAUCUAGUCAAAGAGUUCAACAAGUACGACACGGACGGCUCCAAGUGGAUCAAGCAGUACACCGGCAUCAAUGCCAUCAGCAAGAAGGAGUUCACCAUCGAUGUGGGCUACGAGCGCUUCCUGGGGCCUGAGAUCUUCUUCCACCCAGAGUUUGCCAACCCUGACUUCACCCAGCCUAUCUCUGAAGUUGUGGACGAAGUCAUUCAGAACUGCCCGAUUGAUGUCAGGCGCCCUCUCUAUAAGAACAUCGUUCUCUCCGGAGGCUCCACCAUGUUCAGGGACUUUGGGCGUCGUCUGCAGAGAGACUUGAAGAGGACGGUUGAUGCUCGACUGAAGAUGAGUGAGGAGCUGAGUGGAGGGAAGCUUAAGGUGAGACGCAUUAAUUUACACGCAGCGAAGAUCGAUACUGCUCGACAAAACACAAUCACUGUGAGGAGCUGCAUCCUUUCCCACUACGCCCAAACCGAUCGACGUCCAAGUUAUCACUCAUCAUAUGCAGAGAUAUGCAGUGUGGUUCGGUGGAUCAAUGUUAGCAUCAACUCCCGAGUUCUACCAGGUCUGCCACACCAAAAAGGACUACGAAGAGAUCGGGCCGAGCAUCUGUCGCCACAACCCCGUGUUUGGAGUCAUGUCUUAACUCUGGACCUCCGAAAAGUGUAACAGCGGAGGGUGGGGGCUGCAUUAAAGGGAGGGGCGCGGGCGGGGGGGUUAUGUUGUGUAAAGGACAGGCUCAGGAGGUGGAGGACGGCGGUGCUUCUUGUGCUUCUUUGAUUACUUGUUCAGCUAUGGUGGGACGAGAAGGCGAUCCAGAAUCUAAAAAGAAAAAAAAAGAGACCAGACCAAACGCAGACCGGCUGGAAAAUUUAUUGUGAAUGUUCCUUUAUUCUUUCUUCCUUUCUGUUAUUUUUUUUUUUGUCUUUAAUUUCAAAAUGAGGGAAAAAGGUUUGUAAGCCAAAACAAUUUUAAGAACAUUUCUGGAUUUGUUGAGCAACAUGCAGUGAGUGAUAAAGACGAUAAAGAUGAUGAUGAUGAUGAUAAAAGAUGGUGUUGGUGGAGGUUUAGGAUGACGACAAAAGAAUUGAUAGUAAUUUCCUGGAACCAGAACAUAUUAUUUAUGUUUAUAAAACCUGAGGUCAUUGACAAGUUUAGAACAUAUUAUUGUCUCCUUUUUAUUUUCUGCAUUUUCUUUCCAAAGUCACAUGCACAUGUCUGUGUAUCACGGUAAGAGCUUGUUUAUAUUUCAUACAAAAGUUUUUUAUAUGUAAAACUUGGGGAAAUCAGGGGUAAAAAAAAAAAAGAAAAAAAUUCCUGGAUACCAGUGUGAGCGAGAGACUGUUUUAACCCACGAUGCAGCUUUGAUACGCAGUAUUUUCUCCAGUUUGAGUACAACAGGUGCUCUGCUGUUAUUCCCCCACAUGUGUCAUUGCUGUCUGCCCUUUAACUCUUCAUACAUUUAAUACACUUCUGCUUUUCACUUCAGACAAUGUCAGGAAUCCACCUCUGUGACGCAGUGCAAGAAAAGAGAGAGGACUUUUAUUGAGGUUAUAAAGAUAAAACUGAACAAGAACGACUGUCAGACCAGUAUUGUUAGACUAGAAGUUUUUUUUAUUAUUAAAUACCAAAAUAUUAAAAGAAUGGGAUUUGUGUAUUUAAUGCCUUGCAACAUUCCAAUAAAGGCUCAAAUUUGUUUCUAAGUA